GAUCAAACACGUCAUGGAGUUCGUAGGAGAAAUAGAAAAUCUAAGUGACAUUCAGAGGAAAGCUGUGGAAAAGGCUCUCGAGAAACUAGACUUUGUAGGUGGACCAGUCACCAUCGAGGCAGUCGGGAAGAAAGGAGACAACUACGUUGCCUCAGUCCUAAGAAUCAAAGCAGACACGAAGGAUGGAAAGCCAAUCAGAAUGAUCGCAAAAGUCGCUCCGACCAACGAGGCCUUGCGACUGAUGAUUCAAGCAGAAAAGUUGUUCUCAAACGAAACUAUAAUGUACGAGCAAGUUUUGCCGAAAUUCGAUGAGCUUCAAAACGCAGCCGAUGUCCCUUCACACGACCGCAUACUCCGCGCCAAGUGCUAUGGCACUGUCAGUGAUGAGCUCAACGAACUAAUAUUGCUCAAAGACAAAGAAUUUGAAAUGCGAGACAGAAUGGUUUCCCUAACAAAUAAUGAGGUUAAAAUGGCUUUGAAACAACUCGCUCAAAUACAUGCUUUGUCAUUCGCGCUGCAAGACAAGGAACCUGAGUUGUAUAAAAAGUACGCAAACUUAUUGUUUGACAAGUGGAUUCAACCGCACGAUGAAGAGAAGAAAUCGAAAGUGUUUAUGUUUGUUUCUUUCGCAGCUUUAGAGCAAAUGCUCCUUGGAUUCCUGAAGUCAGAUAAAGACAAGAAACGCGUUCAGGGCGCUGUCAGUAAUAUUGGUGAAAUGGCAGAAAAUUUGAGAAAAUCGAAUGAGAAUGGAAAGUACUCCGUUAUUCUACAAGGAGAUUGCUGGGCUAACAACAUCAUGUUUAAAUUUCAGGAGGGCAAAUCGGUGGAGUGUAUGAUGAUCGACUACCAGCUAUCAAGACUGUCCUCCCCUGUCGUGGACAUCCUGUAUCUCAUCUUCAACUGCACAGACCUAGACACGAGGAAAGACCACUACAACGACUGGCUCGACUAUUACUACAAAGUACUCGACGACUCCUUAUGCCACUACAAUUUAAAGUCCAGUUUGGUUUACCCGCGGGACAAAAUGGUUGAGGAUUUGAAGCGAUACGGGAGAUUCUGUUUAGGGUUGUCACUAGUUCUUGCGACAUUCAUUUUUAGGGAGUCUGACGAAGGUUUUGACUUGACGGAUAUUAAGGACCAAGCUGCCUUGGAGGCAGACCCUGGUGGCCCGGGCAUGAUGAAGCAUGGAACUCUAGAGAGAAUGGCUCGGCAUAUCCAGGAUCUGGUUGAUAGUUGUAUCGCUUACGGGUACUUGUGAUGUUAUUUUAUAAUUUUAUUAUGGGUAUAGGUACUUACUUAAAUAUAAACUUUGAUAUCCCGUUG